GAUCGCUUAACUGACAUUUUCAAUUAAAAUAAAUGUUUUAAUUAUUCUAAUGCUCGUAGGAUUUGUUUAGUUCAUAGAUUAUACACUUAAUAUUUGAGUUUAGUUUAUUAUUGUGUACAAAAAGCAAUAAAUACAUUACCUAAAUAAACUGAAUUUCAAUGUCAAGAACUAAAACUAACCCAAAUGGUGGACAUAAACAAAUAUUUAGAAAUGCAACUUGAAUUAGCGAAAAAGCAAAUUGAGAGGAAAAAUAGUCAGAAAGAAGAUGUAUCAACUAAAAGCAAAUCUGCUGCUGAUUACAUAUCGCAAAAACAGGCAAAGACUCUGUCAAAAUUUCCCCACAAUCAAAAAGUAGAUGUAAAAACUACUGUGACAUCAGGGACUUCAACUGAAGGACACCUCGAUGACACCGAUUUUGUACCUUCCGAUGAGGAAGACGAAAGUAUCCAUAAUUUUCCACUUACUGCGUGUUCUUCUCGUACCAAACAGAAUAUAAACCGAAUUGUUGACGACGGUGAUAUUAAACAAUACAAUUUAAGGGUAGAGGUUUGGCGUGAAGGAUUAAAUACUGUGAAAAGCGGUACAUAUGAAGGAUGCACGUUAACCGCUGACAUACAGUACAUCCUGGAUGGUAAUAAAGAUAACGAAGAAAUGCAUGAACUCCAGAAUGGUCUAUUAGUACCAAAAUAUAUUUGGAAACAGUUAUAUAAAUUUCAAAGAACUGGUGUUAAAUGGCUUUGGGAGUUGCAUCAAGUAGAGUCUGGUGGAUUGUUAGGUGAUGAAAUGGGACUUGGUAAAACAAUACAAGUCAUUGCAUUCCUAACUGCCCUUUCAAAAACCAAUUUAGGAUCAUGGGGCGGUCUUGGUCCGAGUAUCAUUAUCACACCUGCAACAGUUAUAUAUCAAUGGGUAUCUCAUUUUCAUUAUUGGUGCCCCCUGCUCAGAGUAGCUGUACUGCAUCACACUGGCUCUCAUGCUGGUAAUCACCAUAAACUAUUAAGAGAUAUACACAGUGCUCAUGGAAUCUUGUUAGUAACAUAUGCAGGCAUAGUAAAGUAUCAUAAAGAACUCAAUGCCUAUAGUUGGCAUUAUUUAAUUUUGGAUGAAGGACACAAAAUACGUAAUCCUGAUACACAAGUAAGUAAAAUUGUAAAAAAAAUCCAGACACCACACAGAUUGUUAAUAACAGGUUCACCAAUGCAGAACAGUUUGCAGGAACUGUGGUCAUUAUUUGAUUUUAUGAGGCCAGGUUUGUUGGGGACAUACAAUGCAUUCAUAGAACAUUUUGCAGUUCCAAUCACUCAAGGAGGCUAUGCUAAUGCUACUGAAAUACAGGAAGCUACUGCCAUGGAAAUAGCUAUUGCUUUGAAAAAUAUGAUCACUCCUUACAUGCUGAGGAGAACUAAGGCUGAGGUACAAGGACAUAUCAAACUCCCAGAAAAGAAUGAACAAGUUCUAUUCUGUUCUUUAACACAAGAGCAAAGAGAUCUUUAUAUGGGUUACCUUAUGAGUAGUACAGUGAGAAGCAUCUUAGACAAAGAAAAUAAAUUUGGAAAUCCAUUAAGAGCAAGGCUACUAGUGGCUCUGUCAACGCUAAGGAAAAUAUGCAAUCAUCCUGAUAUUUAUCUCUAUGAAGCUCAAGAAGAUGAAGAACAGAUAGAUGAAGAGAUAUUUGGCCAUUGGAAGAGAUCUGGAAAAAUGACUGUUGUUAAUUCAUUACUUAAAAUAUGGAAAAAACAGGGACAUAGAGCUCUCAUAUUCUCUCAGUCAAGAGUAAUGCUGUGUCUGUUAGAACAGUAUUUACAAAAUCAAGGCUUUAAAUACCUCAAAAUGGAUGGUACAGUUAAUGUUGGCCAAAGGCAAAACUUGAUUAAAACUUUUAAUGAUAACACUGAUUAUUUAGUUUUUCUUUCAACAACUAGAGUAGGUGGCUUAGGUGUAAAUUUAACUGGAGCCGACAGAGUGAUUAUAUAUGAUCCUGAUUGGAAUCCUGCAACAGAUGAUCAAGCAAAGGAAAGAGCAUGGAGGAUAGGCCAAUCUAGAAAUGUAACAGUUUAUAGAUUGUUGUCAGCUGGGACUAUAGAGGAAAAGAUUUAUCAGAGGCAGAUAUUCAAACAUUUCUUGAGUAAUAAAAUUUUUGUGGACCCAAAUCAAAAGAAUUUUUUGACCACCAGUACAUUACAGGGACUGUUCACUCUUGAAGAGCUUAACCGUGACGGAGAUACUGAAACUGCAUCAAUUUUUAAACACACCAAAAUUAUCAAUAAAACCAAUAAGGAUGAUAAUGACUUGGAUAUUUCAUCUAAAACAAAGUUAGAAGCCAUGAAAAGAUUAGCAAAAGAAAUAAGUAAAAAAAUAUCAAAAGAAUCCAUGAAGGGAACACAGGAAAGUGAUCCACGUGAAGAAUAUAAAAAGAAAAGAGAACAAUUAUUAUGUCCACCUAAAGUGGAAGAACCAGAUAUUAAUUUAGUUGAUGAUAAAAUAACCAAUGUAGCUUUUGAAGAUGUUUUGUCAGAAUUAGAUAUUGUAAAAAUGCAUGCAAAGAAAGAUUAUGAAGAACAAUUGUUGAAAAGUGUACUAGAAGAUAGUGAACAAGAUAUUAAAGAAGUAGAUGAAGAGAAACCUACCAACAUUGACAACUCUCAACUUGAAACUAAUGAAAGUACUGUAAAAGAUAUUAAACAAAGGCAUAAAAAAUCACAUAAAAUAAAGCGCAAAAGAAGAUUAUCAUCUUCCAUUGAUGAUGGACUCAAAAAUUUAGUAACUGUAAAGAAAGUAAAGAAAAAGGAUUAUAGUAAAAAUGAAGUAAAGAAACAAACUAAUGAUGAUGACUAUGUGUUAAACAAACUUUUUGCUAAAGCAGCAGUGAAAAACGCGUUACAACAUGAUGUGGUAGUUGGUUUAGCUGAAAGAGAAAAAAAACAUAGAUUGAAAGAAGAAGCUGCUAAAAGAGCUCGCAAUGCGGUUAGAGCUGUUAAAUUUUCAUCAAAAUAAUGUAAUAAAAAUGAUUACAUCUGUGAUAUUUCAAUAUUUUACCGCCUAAGUAAAAUAGUAAUUUAUAAGA